AUGCCUCGGUUGACAGUUGCCUACCCCAAAGGUCAAGUGGGUAGAGGACAGAGAGAAAGAGUCGGCUUGGCCUGUAAAUGGAUGGAGGAGGUAAAGGAGGACAGUGAGGGAGUGACUGCUGAGGGGAGCCGAAGACAUCAGAGCAGUUCAUACCAAACAACAGCUGUUCGUCAGCAACAACAAAGAUUAUGGUCACAGAUUUUGAGGACACUGCGACCCUGGAAAGGCUGGUACAGUUUUCCUCUAGUAGGUGUAGUGUGGUCGGUCUGCCAGGUGGAUGUGCCGCUGCAUUCCUCUCUGUUAUUGGUGGAUGUGGGCUGGAGGCUCCUGUUAGUGUGUUUGCUGUGGAUGGUGAUGGGAGGUGGUGUCUAUGCCCUGAGGUACUGCCUGCGGCCAGGACACAACCAGGGGGAGCCUCCACUGAGGACACAACCUGAGGUUAUGACUGAAAAUAGGAAUAACCAAUAUUCAUGGAUGUCCCAGUCGAGGAACCUUGGCCACAACGUUUCUCUGGCCCUUGCCCUGGCCGAUGGCCUGCUGCUGUGUGUGCUUCAGGAACCCUUGCUAGACCCAAGUGUGCUACACAUAAAGGCUCUCCUCUACAGGCUGGAAUCAGUGUCUCUCAUAGUUGGGAAGGCUGAUAUUUGGUCAGAGGUGACACUGAAGAAGGUGGAACAAGAAUCUAUACUAAUAGACAAAGUGAAUCUCAUACGCACCUACCUGCAGCAGAGGACGAGGUCACUGUGUAGACUCGUCCAGGUGCAAGGGGCUUUUGAAGCCAGUGUGAAGGAAAUGCUGGAAGGCCUACACGGCCUCUGGGCUCAGCUGGAAGAGCUGCACAUGGGGGUCACGCUCACCAAAGAGGGAAGCCGAGGCCACAGAGACCUGGCCUUGGCCCAGACAGACGCAGAGACUUUGUUUGCAGUGUUGGGUCAUUACAGGGACAGACUUCAGUGCUGUCAAAUUCAUCUGAAGGACAGCACACAACAACUGCAGGAGUUAACCUGGAGUCACACUCACAUAAGCAACAGGAUGAGCAGCAACAGUGAGUCCGUCUGGCCAGAACUGUUGCUUCAGUCCAACAUUGAACAGUUUGACAAGGUGCAGGAGAGUUUCCUCUCCCUGGAACAACAGACCUCUACUUUCCAGGCCCACCUGGAGGGCCUUGGAAAGGAGAAACAUGCACACGUCUCUCCACAGACUUCCCUACAUCUCCACAGUGGAUGUACAAGUGAUGUGUCACUGGAGCAGUGUAACUCAACCUCUGCAUCCACGUCUGUCUCCUCAAUGGAUGCAGACACAGACACAGAAACAGACGCUCCUCUUUCACUGUGUGAGAGGUCGGCUUUGCAUUUGUCCUCCACUAUCGGACGCAUGCGUAAAUCUGGACAGAGGAAGUGA